AUGACGAUUUGUAGAUGCGAGAAUAACUUUUAAUAUGUCAAAUUUUAUUUCAGUCGCGCGAUCAAACUCUCAUUGACGAAAUAGGAUCUUUCUAAAUUUAGUUUGGGUGUUGACGUCGAAGAUUUGGUUUUAGUAAUAAAACAUGGCAACUAAAGCUAUUCGACACAUGAAGAAACUUGAAAAACCAAGGCCAUUAAAGCAGCAAUUAAUCUUAGAAAACUCAACAAAACACUCUAUUACAGUAGAUGAAGUUAUUCAAGAAUUAGAAUCAUUAUAUAUAACUAUUACAAAUGGAAAUUUUGAUAAAAGUACUGUUAUGUCAAUAAUAAAAGUUUGUAACCAGUUGAAGCUUAAAGGACAAGAAAUAGAAACAUUAUAUAAAGAACAGCUUGAUAGAUAUUUUGUUACAUUGCGUAAUGCUUCAAGAGAUGAGCGUAUUGAUAUUUUGUGUCGUAUGAGAUUGUUGGAAGUCAUUGAAUUAAGAGCAAUGCAUUGGAAAAUCAAUGAAAAUGUCACAAAUUAUUAUAAACAGAAAUUGCAAGAAUUAGAAGUAAGUUCUUUUAGAGUUUUUAUUUAAUUCUUUUUAUAACUA